AUGGCUAGCGAAGAUGUUAUUGAGUUGGGAUCUUCUGAUGAUGACGCCGAACCAGCUCCAAAGAAGAGAAAACCGAUGCCCAAUGCCAUGGUUGUAAUUCCGAAUAAGCCUGGUUUAACUAUAAAACCAUCUCAACCAAAUCCGUUUCGUAAACAUAAGGAUAUUUUAGGUAAACCGAUUAUUGUUAAUAAAUCGGUUAAUAAUAUGAACACAAAUGUUCAUAAGAAAAAAGUAGUGACUAGGUCUCUCCAAUCUCAACAUAAAAAUUAUGCUACUACAAAAAUUGUGAAUACUGCAAUACCCAUACAAAACAGGUUCGUAAACCCUUUGAGUAUUGCAAAGAAUAUAUUUAACAAUCAAGUACCAAUACCUAAACCACAAACAAAAGGUUUAAAGAAACAAACAGAAGCUAAAGGUUCAAGCCUCUUAAAUAAUUUACCUAAGGGUAUUACUAUUAAAUUAGUACAGAAUUCUUGUCCUCCUUUAGUUAAUCAAGUCAAAAAUAGGACACCCCAAAGUUCUGGAGAUGUAUUGACUGUUGAAAUAGACGAUGAGGAUAUAUCCGAAACGUCAACAUCAAGCCCACAGUGGUAUAUAAGACCAGAGGAUCAAGUAGAUGAGGAUUUAAAGAAAAUUGAAGGUAGUGAGCUUAAAGUAGAACCUUCAAUACAAGAACAGAAUAACAAAGAGCCUGACAAAUCACAGUAUGUUGAAAUCACAAUAGAAGAUAGCCCUUUGAAGCCUCAAACAAAGAACCGGGACAGUGAAAUUGGUAAAGAGCUGGCGAUUACAAUAGAAGACAGUCCCGCAAAAACACCAUAUAAGUCUAAUAAUCGGGACGGUGAUUUUGUAAACAGGAAUAUCAAAGAACCUCAGAGUAAGAAGAAAUUAGAUUAUCCCAAAGAAAACAAUGAGGAGAGACAGGUUGUUGAAAUAGAAAUAGAUCUUAUGGAUACAAGUCAUUCUAAAAUACAGGAAAAUGAGGAUAGCACUGAAAAAUGUGAAGAUACUGAUGCCAAAAAUGAAACACAAAAAUCUAAAGAAAUUGAUGUAUCAGCUAUUGGCAAUAAAACAGAGUGUAAUGAGGCUAAAACAAAUAAUUCUAAGAAUACUAUUGAAAGUAAAGAAGGCCCAGAAAUAUGCAAUGCUGAAUUCCAUCCCGUGUAUCAGAAUUUCAUUGACAUUUGUUUCGAACUAGAAAACUCCGAUGAUAUGAAAAAGAUAGUUGACAAGAAAAUUAAAGCUUACUACAAACAGUGUCCAAAUGAAUAUGUUGAGUCUGCUGAUUUUAUAGAUAUGGUCUCCACAAAAAUAGUCGCGAUGAAGGCCAGUCCAGAAAAAAUGUAUUUGUAUAUAAAAGAUGUUGUUGAUGAACUUAACUUACAAAGAAAAAUGGCUAAAUCUGCAUGUCCGUUAACUAAGGAUGACACUCAACAAGAUCCAUCAAAUACCUUACCUGCUGAAUCUGAGCAUGUUGUGGUGUCUACCAAGAAAAUGAUGCAAAUUCGAAAAUUGGAGAAGACUAUCAAGAAAUUACAUAGAGCAAUACAGAAACUCGAAGAGCAAGUUGUUGACUUUGAUGAUGAAGAGGAUUCAGUAUAUUUAUUGACUGAAAGAUACAAGGAACGCAUGGUACGAGUUCAUAAGAAGUUUUGUCAGCUCACCAACACGAAGAUGCCAUCAGAACCAAGGAUACACAUUGAAUCAAGACCUGGCCGUCCUACAGGUCCGGCAAAAAGACUUGAGAAGUGGAUCAAUAAGAAAGUGCCCAUUGGAGCCCCAUUACCAUUCCCAGAUUUUCAUGAUGUACUGCGUUGUGUACGUGACGCCAAUGAUGAUGAUGGACUGAGAAUGAAUGAAUAUGAAAUUAUGGAGGAAGCAAGAGAUUUGUUUAUAAGAUGUGGCAAGAAACUUCAAAGACGGCGACAAGAGAAUGAAUGGAGAUUAGCUGUGUCAAGGAUUAAUCAAGUAUUGGAUCCCGCAGACGAAAAUACCGAUUUGAAGAAACGGCUAGAAGAAAACAAAACUUUAGCUACAUCUAAAGAAUUAGAACUAUUUAAUAAAUUUGCAGACAAACAAAAUCAAUUGAAACUAGAAGCCGUUGAAAUUGGUGAUAAAGAAGCAGAAGAGUCACCAUUGGAGAGCGAUGAUGAAGAAGAAGAGGUUGAAAGUAAACAUUCUGCCGAAGAAAAACAGAAGAGAAAAGAAAAGAUUAAGAAGUUGCUACAGGAAAAAGACACAAAGACUUUAGAAGAAGAAAAAGACGUUGAUAUAAAAGAAAAAGAUAACACGGGAGAGGAAUCUGCUGAAAAACAAGACAAAAUUGAUAAGAAUGAAGACAAACACGUCACAGAAAUUAAUCAAGAAUCUAAAGAACAAAAUGAAACUAAAAAUGAAGACCCAAAUAGUGAAGUUAUUGAAGAAAAUAUUGAUAAUAUAGAGCAAGUAGAUGACGGGAGUGAGAGUGAUCAAGUUGAAUCCGAUGUUGAUGAAUUACUUUUAUAUCAGAAAUCACGUAACUGUUAUGACGACGAAGGAAAUAGUUCGGUUUCGGAAUCCUCUGAUUCUGAAAUCCCAAUCGCUAUUUCAGACACAUCAGAAUCAGAGAGCGAAUUGGAGAAUGAUAAGAAAAUGAGUGACAUAAUCAGCAUUGAAGAUUCUAGUUACUCGGAGUCAGAAUCUACUUACGAUAGAUUAACUUAUACAAAAAAUGAUGACAAUUUAAAUAAUGUUAAUCGUGAAAUCGAAUAUUCAUGUAUUGGAACGCCAAACGCCAAGUCAACAAUGGAUGAGUCCAAACAAAAUGAAGUUGUUCUUGAUGAAGACGUUCUUUUGGAGUCAUCAGACGAGGAAUCAAAUAAAGAUGUGACUUCAGAAAUCGGUGAUACUUGUAUUAAUUUAAAAGAUGAUAAUAUAUCGAUCUCAGAAACAACUGUAGAUGGGGAAAGUAUGGAACAAGAUAUUAGUAUUAAAGAAAUAAAUGAUACAUUUGAAAAUAACAAUGAAUUGAAGGCUAAUGUGGCAAACUCAGUAAGUAGUGAAAGUGAAUUGAUGAUACAAGAAUGCUCGGAGAAAGUAGGGAGCGAGGUUUUAAACAUUGUUCAUGCAGAAGAAUCUCCAGAAUCGGUUGAAAUGAAAAAUGUACCAGAUGAAAAUUCAAUAGUCCUAAUGGAAACUGACAUUAAUGAGGAAAAAGGGCAGUUUGAGAAUUGUAGCAGUUUAGCGACCAAAGAGGUUGAUAGUCAAGGUGAGAAAAUAUCAGAAACAGUGCAGCCAAUAAGUUGA